AUGUCGGACUAUCCUCCGCCUGCAGGAGCAGAGCUGAUCAACAGGAUAGGUGUCACUACCACACUGGGAUCGGAUUUCACUCAGGCCUUCUACUACUUUGGCAACAGUCUGUUUGAUGAGCAAAUGGCCUCUCAAAUACUGCCACGAUCCCGAAUUGCAGUCGAAUGCAUGGCCGAUCACGGAGAUGUAGCCCUACCAAGGACUACUUUCUGA